GACGUCUCCCAAGUAACGUGAUCGCUUUUUCUGAGGCAGAAACGUGGUCCUAUCUAUAACCCCUAUAAAACGAGGCGGUUGCAAGGGCUGAGCAGAGUGUACUGAAGGGGAGAGGAAGCAUCAGUCAGCUGAAGGAGGAGGGCUAGGCAACACCACUGAAGCAGCAGCCCCAGCCAGCCCAAAGGAGCCAGCCCCAUAGUCGUUCACCUUCAGCACCCGGGACAGCGCAGGGCGAGCAGCAGAGGAAUUCAGCACCUCGGAGAACUCCCCACGCCGGGCGGACUUUCCAGGAGAAAACACCGUGUCCCUGCCUCGUCCACAACGAUGGAACACAGAAGCAGCUCUCAGCUUUUUCUGUCUUUUACACUCUUCAGUGUUCUCUGCUUGCCAGCUUUGGCAUUACCUCCUUUGGGGACGUACUCAGCUAUGAGUAGGUUGGGAAACAGAAUGCCAUUUGAUGGAGCAAGUGAACCUGAUGGAGCCCAAGGGUCAUUAAAACCUGAAACUGACAUUUUGCAAAACACACUACCUGAAAAUGACAAAUUCUAUUUUGACAUAUCUAGAGCUAUGGAUAGGAAUGCAAGACAUGCUGAUGGACUUUUCACCAGUGGGUACAGUAAACUUUUGGGACAACUUUCUGCAAGAAGAUAUCUUGAAUCACUUAUUGGAAAACGGGUUAGCAACAACCUUAUGGAUGAACAGAUGCCUGUCAAACGUCACUCUGAUGCUGUCUUCACUGACAACUACAGUCGAUUUAGAAAGCAAAUGGCCGUGAAGAAAUAUUUAAACUCAGUUUUAACUGGAAAAAGAAGCCAAGAAGAGUUAAACCCUACCAGCCUUCGAGAUGAAACAGAAUUGCUUGAACCUUCCUUUUCUGAAACUUAUGAUGAUGUUGCAGUAGAUGAACUCCUGAAUCAUCUCCCUUUGAGUCUCUGAAGGAGAAUUGAUAAAAUCUUUGACAAGAACAAACUAUUUUUUGAGUUCCACAUAGUAUUUCAAAGAAAUGAUACAGUAUUCAAACCAAAACAAAUAUGUUGUGAAGUGACAGUUGUGAUAUAUUUGUUUCUGAUAUAAUAAAAGUUGAUGUUUACACUGUAAAUAUUACUUUAGAAAGCUCUACCUAAAGCUGUACAUAUGUAUGCUAGUCUAACUCAUGAAAAUCCUGUGAUUUCAUAUGAUGUAAAUCCUUUACUUCAAUAAAUGCAUUUGAAAAAGGAGGAAUGCACACUAGAAGACAGCACCAAAUUACUGAUUAACUGACUUAGUUUAACUAUAGGAACUCUUCAGGUAAAAUUGCGCAAUGCAAUGGAUACAUUCACAGACAAUUUAAUAAAUAAAGACAAAAGAGCAUAAAAAGGAAUUGUGUUCUGUAUGUUCACACUGUAAGAAAAGAUUGCUGGGGAUAGGAUCUAUACAAAAAUACAUUCUAACCAUUUAAAAUAAUCUGUACAAAAAUACAUGUUAAUCAUUUAAAAUGAUUAGAUCCUUCAAAGAACCAUAUCCUCCUCCAUUUUGAAUAUUUUCACACUAUACAAUUUAAGUUAAAGCCAGUAAUAUUUCUUUAUUUUUAAUGGUGACCCCUUUUUAAUCCAGAUAUGUGGAAGCACAUAGAAGAAGGAGGGCAGGGAGGAAGCUACCCUUUAUGUUUGAUAUGCUAAAGUCAUAGCAGUAAGUUUCUUCUACAUUUGAUUGUGUAUAACUUUGCUGAUGAGCGCAUUCCUUAUAUAUAAAGUAGACCUGGAGACAGUUUACUAUUUUUUCAAAAUGAAUGUAACUUAUGAAAUACACAGACAAUAAAAACAUUUUAUUAUCACUGCAACUAUUAUUGGU